GCUGCAAGCAGAGGCUUAACUUACUAUGCCAUGACACUGGCCCCUAUAAUUUUUAUAUGACACUAUGAUUUUUAGAUGACAGUCCUUUCUAUUUAUUUAUUUUCAUUUUAUUUGAAAGGCUGAGAGAGAGACAGACAUAGAUCUUUCAUCCGCUGGUUCACUCCACAACAGCCAAGGGUGGGCCAGACCAAGGCCAGGAGCUCAGAACUCCAUCCAGGUCUCCCACGUGGUCCUCUAAGCCAUUUUCAUUACCCCAAAGGAAACCCAGCGCUCAUUAUUGGUCACUCCCUACUCCUCCCUGACCCCAGCAGCCUCUGCACCACUGAUCUAGUUUCUGUCUCAAAGGACCUACCUAUUUGGGACAUUGCAUACAGAUGGAAAGAUGCAGUGUAUCAACUUCUGUGUUUGGCCUCUUUUCUGUAGCAUAAUGUCUGCAGAUCAUCCACGUUGCAGCAUGAAUCAGAACUUCGUUCCUUAUACCCAGAAAAAUGAAGAUACGUCCACACAAAAACUUGCACAUCAGUGCUCAUAGCAGAUUACUCACAGCAGUCAAAGGGUUCAUCCAGCCAAACGUGGUGCAGCCAUUGAUGGGGUAGUGUUCUGUCAUAGUCCAUGCUGCGUAAGAAGUAGCACAAACCCUGACUCACGCUACAGCACGAGUCAGCCCGAAAAUCUGCUAAGUGAAAGAGGCCACACACCAAGAACACAUUGUGUAUGAUUCUAUUUAUAGGAAACGUCCAGAAUAGACUACUCCACGGAGGCAGAAAGUAGCUCGUCCACAGUGACCUGGGCCCUCUGAAGAAAGAAAUGGAAGAGAUACGGACAGUCGUCGCGAAGCUGCUGACCGAGGGUCUCCGAUUUGACCCAGACAGCGCUGCCGGCUUCAGGAAGAAACUGUUUGAGCGGGUGAAAUGCAUUUCCUGCGACCGGCCUGUGGAGAUGAUGACCAGUCCGCCUCUGAUCACACUCCGUAAGGUUCACCUGCUGGCGCGGCUCAGGCCGGCCAGUGCCAACAGCUACGAGUACCUGCAGCGGCAGCUGAUGAGGGAACAGCAGCAGCUGCAGCUCCAGGAGGAGGGUCUGGACCCCCUGGGCUCCCAGCAGGACUGGGGUGAUGGCCCCCAAAAUGAUGCCACCAGCAGGCUCCAGUCAUGUGACCUGUCCACCCUCUACCCUUAUGGGGACCCCCAGCUAGUGGACUAUGACUCCGCUGAGGUAGACAUCUUGGGAGUGGACGGGAUCCUCUACAGAGGCCGGAUGAGCAACCAGAGUGGGGCUCAGGCCACAGCCACCGUGGAGAAGGAGCUGACAGCUGUGAGAGUUCCGGGUCCCCCGCCUCGGAACCUGCAUGACCGAGUGCGCGCCAGUGCCUUAUUUGGUGCCACCCACCCCUGUGAGUGCUUGCCCCUCCCUCCCUGGCCCACCUGGGAUUCUGGCACGUCCUCUGGUCUCUCCUACUCCCAGCCUGCCUCUUGCCACCAGCCUGGGUGCUUUUUCUACCACAUCCACUUCUCAGCUGCUCUGCUGCAGCCCAGCAGGCACCUGCCCACCUGUACUAGAUCCAGGGAGACCCGCGAGGGGCCCCCUCCCCCUGUAUCUGCCCAGGGAAGUGGGCCCAGGGGGCCUGCGGCUGCCUAGGCUUCAGGGGAGCUUCAUGGGCCCAGGCCAGGCGUU